AUGAAUGCCUCUGGAAAGUUUCAUCGUAUUCUUGAGUUUGGUGAGAAAUUUCAAACGCUGUUUAAUGGUAUAUAUAGCUCAAUUGUGAACCCUAUUUUGGAAAAAGCACGACUUAAAACUUCAAGCCCAACAUGUACUAUUUCUGCCAACAAUUCAUUGUCACCCUUGCCAAGCAAGCUCAUAAAAAAGGGGUCUUCAGAAAACAUGUUAUUUAAUGCACGUCAGUUACAUUCCAACUACUUGUAUCAAAAGAUAUGCAGUAUUAAAAGUGGAUCUGUUUCACUCGAGACGUUUACAGAUGCCUCCAACGCGUAUGAAAAGGCCAUUUCAGUAUCACACAAGGAAAGUAACUUUGAGGUAUUUUCUGCCGCUGCAAAUGAGCACGGAGACUUGUUAUUUGAACAUGGAAAUAUUUCUGGGGCAUGCGUAUUUUGGUCAAAAAGCAUUGACGCUUUGUUUCAAAAGGAUAAAGCCCUUUCGUCUUGGAAAACCAUUCUUGGCAUCGAUCAUGCUGGAAAUUUCAGCUCCUGGACACACCGUAAUGCAAAUCAACUACUGGAAUCUAUAAACGGGAAAUUUAAUUGCUUACUGGCAGCCACUGCUGUUACCAAAAUUGCACGAUUCUACUAUUUCAAUAACCAAAACAAGCGAUCCGAACUUGUCUGGUUUGCUGCACAUCUAUAUAUUGCACCGAUUGUAGCAAAUCUUCCACGUCCUACAAACUAUAUGGAGUAUGCCAAUUACACCCCAUCAUUCUUGCUGUUGCUUACAAAUGUUUUUGCCGACAAAUUUACUAGCAAUCCAGCAACAAUGUGUGACUGCCUUUUCUUUUUGAUUGAACAGCUUUUUGCUGCAAAUUUAUAUCUAUUAGCUUUACCACUUGCUGCAAUUAUUGACCACAUAUCUUUAAAUGUCAUUCAUUCUCAACUUUACUGCGCAAAAGUAGCACUGCUUAAAUCAGAAGCUUUAGUAAAUCUUGGAAUGAUUUUCAAUGGUAUUGGCAAAUUUUUAUCCGUGAUAAAGCACACCUCACCACUAUCUAGUCAAAGUGAAGAAUCCGAACUCAUGUUUUCUGACAAUGUAUAUUCUCUAAACGCGGAAAAUGGGCUGGCUUUGAAAUUGCUCAUGUCUGUAACGAUUUCAGAAAAGACAAAGUCAUUGUAUCCUGCCAGUUUUCAAACUGAAAUAGAGUUGUGUAGACUCAAGUUGGUAAUCAAAAUACUUGAAAUGUCGCCAACGGAUGAUUGUUUUUACAAUGACAGUUUUGCACAUUCUCUAUUUGAUGCUUUAAAUAUGGGCAAUGACUGCGUGCAUCCCGUAUCAGAUUGUAUCAAAUCAGACAGUUCAGAUUUAUUUAAAAGCAGUUUGAAUGUUCUUGAAGGAAAAUCAUCAUCAAAAAACCACAAUCAACCAUUUUUGGAGCCAUUUACACUAGAAAUCUUAGAUACAUUGAGAAUACACUUGUUCCGAAUCAUUCAGCAAAAACAAAACGUAAUCAAAAGCAAAUUUACUUUGUGCACGGUUCAUAAAGAAAACAAUCGCACAAAGAACCACUUUGAAUAUGAGAAUCUAGUUGGCUCUAUAGUAACGCUGGUCAGAUGCUUUGAACUAAUUGGUAAUACAUACUUUAUUCAAAAACAGUACAGAUCUUCACUCAAGUGGUACUACUCUGCAAGAAAUUUUGUGAGCUCGUUGGCAGAUUCAACCGAUUUGGGCAAGUAUAAAAUUCACCAGCUUGUCAUGUCUGAGCUAGGAUCAGAAUUCAUUCUUCAAACUCGCAGGAUGCUCAUAAUUGCAUUAAUUGCUGACGGAAAAUUUCAAACUGCGUAUGAUCUUUGUAACGAGGGCAUAGAAGAAGCUGCUGGUUGUCACUCAGUGCAUUACCAGCUAUUGUUUUCCCGGUUGCUGCUAUUUACCUGUCAGCAUAUGAACAAUCUUUCGUCCAGUAUUUUAUCUGCACACAUAAAUGCAACCAUUGGAUUCAUCAAUCAAGUUUCUCGUAUUCCAACAAGCUUGCUGAAUUAUUUUUUGUCGGCUAGAGAUAUUGCAGAUUUACAAUGGAAGUCGCAGUAUACGGACCAUCAUGGAGACAUUGGCCACAUAAUAGUGGCAUUUAACGAAUCUCACAGUAUGCUAAAAAACGUUCUUGGCGAAUACCACAUAUUUGAUGCUACAAAACUAUACGAUCCAUUUCAGCAAGAGUAUAUAUUAAGUGCAUACAAAGCCUACGCGUCCCAACUAAGAGCAAAUGAGAUGGACGAUGCUCGGCUUACGGAAUGCAUGCGAGAGGUAAUCGGAAUGUGCUUUAAACGUCCACUUCAACUACCCGUUUACAUAAACAUACAGCUAGCAUUCGAUCUAGGACAAACCUUUGCCAAUAUCAGACCUCGAUAUCGAAAAAAUGCAUUUUUAUCAAAUCUUUUGCUUAAAAACUCGGAGCAUUUAAUUACAUAUGUGCUUCAUGAACUUUGCAAUAGUGGUGGAUAUGAGUAUAGGACACUACGUUCUUGUCUUUUAUGUCUUCUUUCACUGAAUUUGGAAUCAGAAUGUUCUUCUCCAAAAGCGUUGCAACUUCUAUACCAAUCUGCUCGUGUAUAUCGUAUGAAACAGUCGCUUGAAGCAAAAUCCGUUGAAAAUUGCAGCAUACCAGCUGAAGAAUGUCCUUCUAAUAUUAUUACUGAGCUACAUGAAAGAAAUUCUUCAAGUAUUCCGCAAAACGAGCUGUUUGAAUCAUACGAUCCGCUAUACGUAGAGGACUCGCAGGUAUUUGAGCGAAGUAUUGGUAAAAAAUAUCCAGCAUUGGAUGUAUACAGCUUGAUUGAUUAUCGCUGCCAUUUAGAAUGUUGUCUUGCAGCUUCAAGAGAUCGUAAAAUUGGAACCAUCAGGGAUGAGUUUGAAAAUAAUUUGACUUGUAAGCUUCAUAGCAUUCAUUUUUUGAUGAAUCAAAAGUUUUCAUGGUACAAAAAGUUUUGUUUAGAAUCACCAAGUGAUUGGUCAAUCAGCGAUUAUCAAUCAAGUGGAACGGCUGUUUUAAGUUGGAUUCCAGUCUCUUUCUAUGAACAUAUCAAUGAUAAAAUACUAAACCUGGUUGAUCAUUUCAGCUCUGUGACGGGGAUAAGAGAUUCGACACCAAGUGGCAUAUCAUUAUAUAAGAGCGUGUUUUACUGCAAUUUAGCAUCACACCAGCCAAUAUGCUCCAAAACUGCAUUAAAGCCAGUCAAUAUCAAAGAUUCCUUAAAAAGCAAUCCACUUUCGAAUGAAUCAGAUCUCCCUGGAGAAAAGUACAGUGAUUCACCAAGUCAAACACCACAACUCGCCGACCAAACCAAACAGUCUCUACCAAAAAUAUACUCAACCAUUGUUCCCUACAGUCUACUAAGUAAAGGAGAGGAGUUUGCCAAAACCACCAUGAUGGUAUUUGCUCAGUUUGAAAUCACAGGCCAAGCUGAAUUACGCGAAGAAGCCGAGUUUAAAUGGAGAAUACUCUUGGAUUUACUGAUUGUUGCAUUCACUGGAGAUGUACAUUUUAAAAAGAUCAACAGCUCAUAUCCAUCAUUGACCCAAGCAGCACUACUCUUUACUAGAUCCUUGUUUGAUCCACACCAAUCUGUCGGAUGUGGUUUAAAAGAAACUCCACAGCUACGGUUUUCUCCAAAUCCAUACAAAGCCUAUUUGAAUGGAGACUGUCUCUCGUCCAAAUAUCAAUCCCUGGAUUGUGAAUCUUUGCAAAAAAACAACGACGACGAAAUGGCAGUUUUUUCAUGGAUAUUCCGUCAUCUAUCUAUAAGUGCUUCUAACUACGAUUCUUCAAAUCAGAAUGAUUCUGUUUUAUGA